CGACUGUGGGUCCUCGUGUCCGCUAAACCCAAUCUGAUUCUCUUGCGCAUGUCAAACAACACGUGCAUUUACAGCAAAACAUGGUGGUCGUGUUCAGAUUUUAACUACCUGACAACAUAUUUAGUUAAAAACGGUUUGUUUGGCUUUAUUUCAGAUAAACUAAUUUCUUAAGUAUGGGCGGCACUCAAAAGAAAAAGUUUGAGAGGGGCUCUGCCACCAACUACAUUACACGAAAUAGAGCUCGGAAGAAGCUACAGUUGAGCCUACCAGACUUCAGACGACUCUGCAUUCUUAAAGGCAUCUAUCCUCAUGAGCCGAAGCACAAGAAGAAGGUCAACAAGGGCUCCACUGCCCCCAGGACCUUUUAUCUGCUUAAAGAUAUUCGUUUUCUGCUGCAUGAGCCCAUAGUUGCCAAGUUCAGAGAAUACAAGAUAUUUGUACGGAAACUGAGAAAGGCUUAUGGAAAAACGGAGUGGUCUGCAGUUGAAAGACUGAAAGAAAACAAGCCAACCUAUAAAUUGGACCACAUCAUUAAAGAGAGAUACCCCUCCUUCAUCGAUGCCCUCCGUGAUAUCGACGACGCCCUUUGCAUGUGCUUCCUCUUCUCCACAUUUGCCAGAACGGGAAAAUGUCACGUCCAAACAAUCCAGCUCUGCAGACGCCUCACUGUGGAGUGGAUGAACUAUGUGAUUGCAUCACGCUCUCUCAGAAAGGUUUUCGUCUCCAUCAAGGGAAUGUACUAUCAGGCUGAGGUGAUGGGACAGCUCAUCACAUGGCUGGUGCCCUAUCAGUUCUCCCAUGAUCACCCAACAGAUGUUGACUACAGAGUCAUGGCAACUUUCACAGAGUUGUACACAACCCUGCUGGGGUUUGUGAACUUCAGGCUCUACCAUUCCCUCAACCUGGUCUACCCUCCAAAGCUGGACAUUAAAGCAGAGUCGGAGCUCAAGGGAGAGAAUGAAGAUGAAUAUGCUAUGGACUCAGAGAGCUACCCCGAGAAACUUGCAGCUCUCAGUGCCAGCCUGGCCCGGGUUGUUUCUACAGCAGAGGAAGAAGAUGCUCAGCUCGAUGCGUUUCCUACGGAGGAGGAGGAUUUGGAGAAAGUCGAAGCUCGAGAAAAGGAGCAAAUGCAGCUGGAAACCCAAAAAAAGAUUUUUGAGGGACUCAAGUUUUUCCUGAACAGGGAAGUUCCCAGAGAGUCACUGGCUUUUGUCAUCAGGUGUUUUGGUGGAGAGGUGUCCUGGGACAGGUCUGUCUGCAUUGGGAGCACGUAUGAUGCCACAGACGAGACGAUCACACAUCAAAUUGUGGACAGACCUAAUGUGGACAAAAGCUACAUCAACAGGUACUACAUCCAGCCCCAGUGGGUGUAUGAUUGUGUUAACGCCAAGGUGCUGUUGCCCGUGGAGGAUUAUUUUCUUGGGGUGACCCUGCCCCCUCACCUGUCUCCAUUUGUGGAGGAGAAAGACGGGGAUUAUGUGCCCCCAGAAAAACUGAAGAUAAUGGCUUUACAGCGAGGAGAGAAACCUGCACAAGAACAGGAUGAUGAUGAUGAUGAUGAUGAUGAUGAAGAAGAGGAGAAUGAUGAGGAUGAUGAUGAAGAGGAUGAGGAGCAAAAUGAGGAUGACGAAGAUGAAGCAGAGGAGAAAAAUCUUAAGGAGAUGGAAAAACAAAAAUCCCAGGGAAAGUCUCUGCAAGUAAAAGUGACACCUGGAAAAAUGAAGAUGGAAAAUCCGGUGCGCUUGGAGCAGGAGGAGAAGGCAGAGGAGAAGCGUCUCGCCAUCAUGAUGAUGAAGAAAAAAGAAAAGUACCUUUACGACAAGAUCAUGUUUGGAAAGAAGCGGAAAAUAAGAGAGGCGAACAAACUCGCAGCGAAGAGAAAAGCCUUUGACGACACCGAGAAAGCAAAGAAGAAAAAGACCAAAAAUUGACUCAUCCUGUCCAUUGUUCUUUUCCCCAUCAGCCAGAUUUUGUGUAUAAAAACUGCAUGUGAUGAAAGCUGUUGUUUUUAAAGCUACACAUUUUGGACUAACUGACCUGCAGAAAGUCACAUGAUUCUAAAGUAAAUAAACAAACUUCCUCAUUUCUUAUGAACAUUCAUAUUUUGUAAACGUUUUGACUCCUUUCAGUUCAAGUUCUCUAUCAUUUGGUACUUUAAGUAAAACAAUCUGUUGUACAUUUA